AUGCGUGUGAAGAAGCUGGAGAUUGAUAAUAAAGAGUUGGUGAAAAGGAUUGACUCUGAUCAAUCAGAAAUUGAUAUCUUGAAGGUUAAAGUUGCUGAACUUGAAGAAGAGAAGACAAGACGUGAUGAACAGAAUGAAUACUUCAAGUUAAGGAACAAAGAGCUUGAAGCAGCUAAGGCAUUAAGAGAUCACGAGUUCUAUAUGCUGAACAAAGUUGUCGAAAGCAUGCUCGGAACAUCGGUAGAACAAAAGUUUAAAGAGCUGCAAGUUGAAGAGCUUAGAGCUGAUCGUCAAGCAGAGAUUGAAAGACAAAUGAAAGAUAAAGGUAAGGGUGUUGAAGGAAGUUCUGUAGUGUUAGAGAUAUCAAUAGUACCUUCUAUGGUGAUUGAUAAUCCUGAGCCUAUCACUGCAAUAUCUGGUUUGUUUGAGGAUGAAACACAUCUUGAAGAGUUGAUGGGUAACAUUGAUGAUGAAGAUGAUGAAGAGGAGGAUGAAGAGGAAGAUGAAAAAGAUGAAAGAGUGUUUUCUGCGAGCAGUCAUAGUUCUGAUGAUGAUGAUGAUGACGACGCUGCAGGUGGUACAGGUUUGAAAGUUAUAGAAGCUUCCACUGAGAAAACAGUUGAUGAUUUGAUGAACGAUUCGGUAAAUGAAGAAUCAGGGGAAGCAAGUGGAAAGGGGGAGUCUAGUAAAACUCAGAUCAUUGAACAUACUGAGAAGUUAAUCUUGGGAUUGGAUGCUUACAGAGAAAUGGUGCAUACUGUGGAUCCUGAGUUCAAGUUUGAUUUUGAAGAAGAGUUGAAUUCUUUUGACAUUAAUCAACAGCCUGAAUACACGUAUAAGUAUGUUGAAGAGGCUGAUCAGUACGACAGAGUUGAAGUAGAAGACUGGACGGAUGAUGAGGAUGUAGUUGAAGAUACUUCUAAGUAUCCUACACUUAUGGAGUUCUUUGCUGAGGAAAAUAGAGAAGAAUUAAGACAAAAAGUAGCUGAGGCAGUGAAAGAUAAAAACUUUGAGAACACUCAAAAGGAAAUGGAAAAGGAAGAUAGAUCGAAGUGGUUCAAAAAGAGUCAUGAGAGAAAGUUUAAAAGACCUUUGAAGUAUUAUGAACGUGAUCGAAGUGUAUCUCUUGGUGACAUCAUCAGUUGGGGUUUCUUACCUCAAGUGAAUGCGUAUGCAAUUAGAAGAGAGUGCGGAGUUCAGUAUUUUGAACGUUUAUAUGACAUCAUGUCAUUACCGUGGUGGGAUGUGGAUGAACUGCCGAAGGUUAGAUGUUUGGAUUAUCCUGUUCGAAAGAAUGAUCUUGCUAUGUGGGGCUACAUUAAAUAUGAAUCGUUGAAAGAGUUUCGUAAAUGGAAGCCACAUCGUCCGAAGAGGGUGCAGAGGGUUAAUCCUGAAAGGGAGUCGAUGAGACUAUUUUGA